AUGGACUCAACAAACGAGUCCAAGGUCGCGGCUUCCGCGACCGACGACCACAUAACUACACGAUUACUACGAUUUGUUUCUACGGCUUCGAAUGAGCAGCUUAUUUUGGCAGCUCUUGUUUUGUCAUUCGGCAUAUACAUAAUAAUCGAUGGACUGUUUCUUCUCCUCCUUGGAGGCCUAGGCGGUGUCAUCCUACAUACAUUUUUUACGGAGAAAAGUGCUUUAGCUGUGCGAGAAGAAGCAGUGAAGCCGGAAGACAUUCAGUAUGAAUUAGUUGAGGCUGGUCCAGGAAUCAACUUCGAGGGUUUUCGACCUAAGACUGCCACUGCGUUAAACGACUUAGUUGAUGCCGUCAUCCGGGAUUAUGUCAAGUAUUGGUACAGUCCAAUACUCCCAAACGACGAAGCAUUUCCCAUUGCUGCGAGAUCAACCCUCACGAGGUUCAUUCUAUCGAUGUCCCAGCGUUUGUCGAGAAAGCGACCUGCCGACACUUUCCUUGAUUUCCUUACCAACUCGUCUUCCAUUACCAUUGUCUUCCUCAAUGAGUUGGCGAAUGCAACUUCUGCGACCCCAGGAACUAACCGGCCUGUCGGAGAGAUGGUGACCGCUUAUUUGAGUACAAACCCAGAUAGCAGUCUGGCCAACAUUAUGAAUGAGAGACAGCAGAAAAUAAAGUUUACAAUGGCAGCAGACGAUCUUCUGCGAAGCUUCCUUGAGAAGUCAGUCUAUGAAUCCGGACCAGCCAAAAUCUUUUUAAGGGAGAUCCUAGCUGGAGUCGUGUUGGAAAUGACUCUAAAAAGUUGUUCCAAGCCGGAGUUUAUCAACGGAUGGAUUGUAUACCUCUUAGAAGACGGAGAGCCUGGAUUGGGACAGGCGAUUGAUGAAGCCAUGGACCGUAGAAAUAUCCACGAUCCAUUCUCCGACAUCGAUGGUAACGUCGGGAAUAUUAGUAUUGUUAGAUCCCCUAAGAAACAAAGGCAUCAAAGGCAAAUUUCGGAUGAAGAUGCCAACAAUGAAGCUAUGGCAGAAGCGAAAAGACUCAGCAUGUUGAUUGCUGCAGAGGAUGCAAAGAAACUUGCGCAAAUCGAUGAUUUCAAGGACGAAGAAAAAAAGCCCCUUGACGAUCAAAAUGUCAAAGAGAAUAUACUACCGGAAUCGGUUCCUGUAUCAUCAACAAACGGCAUUCCGCCUCACACCCCUAUUACAGACUCAAGACCCUCUCUAUCUGGAUCUGAUACGAACAGCAGAUCCCCUAUGUCUCCUGACUCAAAGCAAGCUCUAUCGCCUACGACCCCUCAGACCACUUCCUCGUUUACCAGCUUCGACCAGAUCGUGCCCCCCACACCUGCCGCAUUAUACUCAAAUGAAACCUCACCUCAGAGAAGCAAGCCAGUGCCUCUAACCUUACAUAAUGCGAACAUCAUUAUUUAUGAUGACUCAGUCGCUUCCGAUAAAGGAAGGAUCAAGAACAAACCUACAAUGGAUUAUAUGGUUCAAAUUGAACCACAGUCAUCGAUCCAUCCAGGAUGGAUGAUUGUCCGAAGAUAUUCGGAUUUUGAGACCUUACAUGAGGUACUUGGACGAAUCGCUAAAGUUUCGGGUGCGAAUGCUUUUAUUGAAAAACACCAAGAUUUACCAAACUGGAAGACCCUCACCAAACCAUUGCUACGCGUUGAAUUGGAACAGUAUCUAAAAGAUGCUCUCACGCACCAGCCACUUGCUGAAACCGAGGGCAUGAAACGAUUCUUGGAAAAGGAUCAAGGGACAAUGCCGGCAACAGCUACAAAAGCUGGCUUCAACUGGCCUACAUCUUCUCUCGAGAAUAUGGGUAAAGGCGUUUUUGAUACACUUAAAAGCGCUCCGAAAGGGGCAGCUGCCGGGGUCACCGGAGUCUUCAGCAACAUUGGAUCACUUGCACAAAAGAGAGCCAGUCAGAGUAACUUGCACUCUCAAAACCGUAUCUCGACACCAGCACUGUCAAGAGUGGAUAGUAUGGCAUCUCAGAGUAGCUUGCAAUCCCAAAAUCGUAUGUCAACACCGGCUCUGUCAAGAGUGGAUAGCAUGGCCUCAUCAAAUGGUUCUUCAUUUGAACAAAAAAGGGGUAGAUUGAGCGAGGAGAGCAUGAAAGCAGCUUCAUUUGUCUCACAUCCUGGAAAGACAGCGUCUCUCGGACGAAAAUUAAGUCGUGGUUCUAUUCCAGGCGCUGAAGAGGAGUCUGGUAUUAGAACCAGAGGAUCAUCUGUAAGCAGCCAUAUGAGCACCGCCUACAGCCCGUCAAACAGUCGUGAGCCUAGUCAAACGCCAUCAACAUCCAAGUUACAUCUGCCACCACCACCUACUGAGAUGCCCGAUGAUUAUACUACUCCAGUUGACAGGCCGUUGAAUCAAUCUGGGCUAGAGAAUGAAAACAACGGUGCAAUCACGGCACCAAAUGAGAAAAACAUUGCCCCAGUCGAGAAGUCAUUGCACCAAGAUGUGGUUGACAAUGACAAUAGCGUUGCACCCACAACAGCGAAUGAGAAAAAGCCUGCCCUGACCGAGAAGCCACUGAACCAGGACAUGUUAGGCAGUGACAAAAGCCAAGCACCUAUAGUAUCAAAAGAGAAGAAAACUGCCCCACUGAAUGAGGAAGAAACCAAAGUAGCAAUCGAGCUCCUCUUCGCCAUCAUAACAGAACUAUAUACUCUGUCUUCUGCUUGGACCUUCCGACGCACACUCCUCACUGCCGCGAAAACAUUUCUUCUUCGUCCAGGAAACCCUUCUUUAUCCUCUAUCCAAGGUCUCUUACAAGAGUCCGUUAUCUCGGCCUAUACUUCCGAUGCGGGAAUUGCAUCUUCCAUCCAAAAAUUAAGAGAGAACGGCUUACCUACAGACGCCGAAUUGAAAGCCUGGCCAGAAGAGAUGACUGCAGAGCAAAAGGAAAAGUUGAAGACUAAGGCAAGAAAGCUUCUACUAGAGAGAGGCAUGCCUAUUGCUCUAAUGGGGGUGAUGGGACAAGCAGCUACCGGGGAAGCAUUAGGGAAAGUGUUUGAUGCAUUGCAGAGGGAAGAUAUUGCACGGGGUCUGGUUUUUGGUCUAUUACUCCAAGGGAUCAAGGCUAUAACACAGUAA